CUCCCAAUUCUAUUGGAGUCGGCUCUUUCUCCCUCCUCAAACCGGAAUUGUUAGUCCUGCAGAAUCGGUAGAAUGGCAUGCUGUAGAAGUGCAAAGAGUCUCACACGGUUAAUACUCAGCGAAUUGAGUGUUGGUAGGCAGCCCAGAAAGGGUUAUUUUUUUCGGGCAUGUAUAGGGGAGCCAGCAGUUAAGCCAAGAGGGUUGGUAAACUUGAAUGCCUCAAGACAAGUGCUUUUGAGAAGGUUUAGCACCGAAGUGUCAGCUACUGAGCAGAUUAAUCUCAUCAAACAGUUGAGGGAAAGAACAAGUGCACCUAUUAAGGAUGUCAAACUUUCUCUUGUUACUUGUAACUGGGAUCUAGAGGCUGCACAGAAGGACCUUAGAAAGAGAGGGGUGGUUCUUGCUGCAAAGAAAUCCUCAAGAACUGCUGCCGAGGGUUUACUUUCAGUGGCACAGACUGAGAAAAAAGCUGUUGUAGUUGAACUCAACUGUGAGACAGACUUUGUAGCAAGAAAUGAUGUAUUUCAAUACCUGGCUUCGUCUUUGGCAAAGAUAGCUUUAUCAGCUGAAAGUUCAAUGGUGCAAACUCAAGAAGCUUUUAUAUUUGGACCUGAAUACUUGGAGAACAUGAAGAUUAAUUUGGAUCAUCCAAAAAUUUCUGGAGAAACUACAGUGCAAAAUGCAGUUACAGAAGUUGCUGCCAUGGUUGGGGAGAAUGUGAAGAUUAGAAGAGGUUAUGCAUUGUCCACAUCUUCACAUGGUGCUGUCUUAUCUUACCUACACACAUGUCCCCAACCAGGAUUGGGCCGCAUUGCUGGAUUGUUGACACUGGAGAUAGAAGAUGGCAAUGCUUCACUUGAUGCUCUUCGUGGGGUUGGUUCGUCAUUGGCAAUGCACAUAGUGGCAUCGAAGCCUUUGUUCUUGUCUAAAGAACUUGUUCCUUCUGAGGCUUUAGAGAGUGAGCGUGACAUACUUAAGGCACAGGCAGAAAGUUCAGGAAAAUCUCAGAUGGCCGUUGAAAAGAUGGUGGAAGGCCGUAUGAGGAAAUACUAUGAAGAAGUAGUCUUAUUGGAACAGAAGUUUGUUAUGAAUGAUAGUGUCAAAGUGAAGUCACUGCUGAAUGAUUUAUCAAAAGAAGUUGGUUCCUGUGUAAAAAUUGGCAAUUUCCUCAGAAUGGAGGUCGGAGAAGGCAUCCAGAGGCUUGGAGAGGCACCUGAUGCCAUGGCUCAUGCUGCAUAAUUUUGAUCACAAGAUGGUUUUCGGAAUAAAAUGUCAUUUCGCCCACAGACCUCAAGCAAAGUGUUCCCCUGAUACUGGCCUGAAGCUCUGUAUGAAAUGAAACUUACUAUUUUAUUUAUUCACAUUAGAGCAAUUUUUAUUCUUGGAUUUGAUCACUGAAACCUUAGUAUACGGUGUUAUUAGGUAUCUUUUCUUUGAUUAUUGUUGUCUGUGAUGGAAAUUAACAGAACAGAUAUACGACAGAGAACUGUGGUUUUAUUAAUACACAUUAUGAUGAGAAAAAGAGUAGAUUACUGGACA